UACAGAUUGCUUGCCAACAACUAAAUUUAGAAUACUCAAAAAGUUGAACUUAACCAUUUUCUUCAUUUCUAUGACAUUAGAAAUUUUUGAUAACAGAAAUGGCUUUCUUAGAGCAAGCUGUGAACUUUGUUGAAGAGAAGGUGGCAGUAAUCGUCAUGACACCAGUGAAUUUUACCGAAGAAACGGUUGCAAUACUUGUAAAGAAACCAGAAGCAACACUAAAAGAUGUAAUUCUCAAGAGUACCAGUUUUGAUUCAGUCACUUUACUUGCAAAGGUUUCUGUAAGCAAUCCAUAUAUCACAACUAUUCCUAUAUGUGAGGUUAAUUACAUCCUGAAGAAUGCAGAUAGUGUUAUGGCCUCUGGAAAAUUACAGGAUCCAGGAUCCCUAACGCCCAUGAACUUGACGUUGCUUGUGAUCGAAGUGAAGGUGCCAUACAAUGUUGUGAUAACUCCACUACAAGACGCAAGCACCCAAUGGGCAAUUGAUUAUGAACUGCAGCUAUGUUUUACUUUUGAUAUCCCUGUAAUAGGAGAUGUAACAAUCCCUAUCACAGGAAAGGGAGAAAUCAAACUCCCUGCCAUCUCCAAGUUCUUGCAUUGUGGCAAAAAGGAAGACAGACUGGUUCUCUCUCAGAAACUGGAUAUGAGAACAUUGUGUUUUUAAUCAUACUGUAUUUGCUCUUUCUGCACAAUAAAGAUAAUCCAUUAAAAUGAUUCACCCUAGUGCUUCUUAUCCUCUCUGUUUUUCGAAACCCUGUUUCCGACAGGGCCACAGGAAGAUAAAUUCAAAAAUUUAAUCAGAUUCGUAUUCUCA